AUGGAUCAGUUACUAAACCUCGAACGGUCCAAAUCCGCAGGUAAAGUGAAGGGCAAUAUCGAUAAGUUCGAGAGCCUCUCACUGCGCGAGCACAGCAACUCAGACCGACCAACCAGCGCGAAAUCGAAACGGUCCAUUCUCGAGAUUACUUCUACCGCCAGCAGCGACGACAUUAGCACUAGUGAUUCUUUCGAUCUUCAGAUCUCCAAGCAACCAUCCAAGGCCUCUUCACAGACGACUGUUGAAGCCGAUCCUGCCUCUGAUAAGCGAAGGAAGCGUGAAUCGGCUGCUUUCCUCCAGAAGUCGUACCUGAACCGAGAGAGCGAUACCAUCGACAGUCUGCCCGAUGAUGCUAAGGCAAUACUCAAAAGCCAACCUGAUUACGAAGAUCUCCUCGCCGUCCUUCAGUACCUUGAAUGUGGAAUCCAGGGCAAGCAUGAUUUCAAUGUGCAUGUAACUGGACCGAACGCUUCCCAGAUCAUUAAUGCAUUAGUCACUGUCACCAUUCCCGAUCACUGGCCCGUCCUCCGCAUCCAUAAGCUACCUAAGCAACACGAGCUAGUCAAGCAAUUGAUCGUGCUCACCUUUCGAAGCGUCGCAGGAAUUGGAGCUCUCCUCAUGCAGAUCAGGAAGCUCGGUGCAAACCCCAGAGAAAACACCUCUAUCCUCGAGGAUACCAUCGCCGUCCUCCAACUCGUGCUCCAUAAAGAACAGUUCCUCGGCAUGAUGCUGCGAGACGCUCGAAGAUUAUCUCCUAAGGAAACACAGCGCCGUCUACACUGGCAAGAGGUGGUGUCAUUGGUGGGGGGCAGCAAAAUACUGUCAUUCGUUGCCCAAGCCAUGACCGCAGGACACAUAUCGACAGGUCGCUUAAAGUGGUUGGGUGACGGCAACGAGUAUUGCAAAUGGCUUGCCAAGAACGUGGCAAUUGUUGCGAUUGAUCUCAGUCCACAGGACUUGGAAGCGUGGGUUAUGCUUGCUCAGGUUGUGAAGCGGGCACUCAAUCUUGGCUAUCGAGCAGACACUUUCGUAUCUGAGCUCUAUCAUUCACUACUGCUCGGUAACCAGGCGCUGUGGACGCCGCUACGGACGUUGUUAAACCAUCUCACUGCACAAGAGCAGCGACUGUUCUUUGAUGCCAUGCUGCGAGACCUGGUCCGGAAAUAUUUGCGACAUGGGCCUGUCACUAGUCCGUCACAAAAGAACGGGCUGGAGAGCGAGUCAAAUGUAGGAGGAGUUGCGGCCAUGGUUUCCGGCAUGGCUCAGAAUAAUACCGUCCUGGAGGAUCAUAUCGUUCAGUGGCUAACAAGCACCAAUGGGAAGUAUGCAAGUCUUGGUCUUGACACCCGUCGGGCCGUUAUUGCAACAUUGGCGCUCCGUCAGGACAAACUACAGAGUAUACUGGACAAGUGCUUAGAGAACUUUGGCGACAAGCUGCAAAUCCAGCACAACCCUAUCUUACAGCAAGAGUCAAUGGCUGAGGUACUACUCUUGACUAUUGGGUAUUUGCAUCGUAUGAACCCAGAAGCAAUCAGGCUUGUGUCCAAGAGCGGAGUAUUUCUUCACACUGUGUCGAGUCGACUCUCCGCCUCUGUGCCGCGGGUACGCUUGCUUGGCAUGAUCAUUGCGACGGCGGUCUCUAGACUUGUUGAUGGCCCUGAGAAGGCCAUGAGUUUUGGCGUUGAUGAGCUCGAGGCCGACGAAAGCCAGCAUUUGUUAGAUCUUGUGAACAUCAAGGAUGAAGUUGGCAGCAUCCAGAAGCUGAGGACCCAAGAUUACACCCCAAAGCCUGACCCUAUUGAAUCCAACAUCCUCCCCAGAGUGAAAGUAAGGAGAAGUACCCGACCGCAGCAAUCCAAGAUCAUCGCCAUUGAGGAGAUUGAGGAUGACCCAGGCGAGGAAUCGGAAGACGAAGACCUGAUACCCUAUCAGAAGCCCGACGAAGACCCAUCGGACUCUGACGAUGAUCCAACCCUUAUCAACCGGGACAAGCCUUCAGCCCCUGUCUACAUAAUUGACCUUAUCAAACAGUUGCAGAGUGACGAAAAGCCAGAUGUGAUAGAGCUGGCACUCAAAACCGCCCCGUCGCUGAUCCGACGCAAAGCCAACUUUGGCACCGAGAUCUCGGACAAUGUUCAAGUCGUUGCUUCUGCCCUUAUGAACCUCAGGUCGCCCAUUCUCGACACCGCCGAACUCCAUCGUCUUCGCCUAGAGUCACUCAUCGCCUGCCUCAUCUCCCAGCCUCGGCUCAUCGCACCCUGGCUCGCGUCGUUGUACUUUGAAGGUGACUACUCACUCGAUCAACGCGCCAGCAUCCUCAGUACCCUAGGAAUCGGUGCCCGGGAGUUUGCUGGCUUGGAUACCCCUACUCCCACCUCCGAAUCAAGUGUUGCGUUCCCAUCCCAACAGCUUCCACCACGUCUCGCCUCGAUUUACGCACCAAUCGAAUCCACCGCCCGCCAGAUCGAGCACAGCACCAUGCAGCCCCUAGCGCUCGCCGCCGCCGACAAACUCUCUGGCCCCGACGUCCUCAAGGUGCGGACCUUCUCUUCUCGGCUCGACGUCGAGAAACGGCGCAAAGAGCAAGCCGCGGCGCGCACAAAGCGCAUUCCCAAGGACCUGCACAAAUUGCUGGCCGAGUGCUUCUUCCUGCCCCUCUGCAGUCGACUGAGUCUGGUGCUGUCCAGUAACACCAUCGGCUUCACGCGAAGUAGCAGCAUCUUCGACCCUAACAUCAUCAGGCUCUACCUGCAGACGCUGAUCAUCGUGUUGAACGCGCUGGGUCCCAAUGCCGUGGAGCUAGGAACGGUUACGCGCGAGGCGCUGGUGCUGCUGGAGGCGCUGACGGGCCAGGCGCUGGCACUGGAUGCGGUGGUGUUGCCGGCGGUGCUGCAUCUGUUGCUGGUGGUGUUGGACCUGACGGUGGAGGCUGGGCGGGCGGCGGAGGAGAGGCUAAUCACGGAGCUGGGGGCCACGGUGGCGGAGGUGAUGAGGUGGGUGGGUGGGCUGGAAGAUAGGGGUGUGCCGGUCGUGGAUGUUGAGGGCGUGGGCGGUGGGCUGCAGUGGAAUGCGUUGGCUGCUGGGUUGCAGGUCAAGUGGCAUGAGAUGGGGGGAAGGUGGCAGGGGAGGAUGCUCGGGCUGAUGGGGGUGGAAGGGAUGGAUUUCGACUGA